AUGUUUGUGAUUCCUGAGGAGAAUCAGGAAAGGGAACAGCAGUUCAUGGAAGACAAGAAAAAGAAGAAAGAGGAUAAAAAGAAAAGGGAAUCUUCCCAGAAGGUGACUGAACAAAAAGUCAAAGUGCCAGAAUUAACCAAGGCCACCUCCACGCAGUCACUAGCCACUCCUGGCUCUGUGUCUCCCAGCCCUGGCCCCACUCCACCAUCGUCCCCCUGCCCUGCAGCUGGGUUCGCUGUUCCUCCGGGCGGGAACAAUGCAAACCGGGCGGCUGUGGCCAACGGACAGCCCCCCACCGGAACUCAGCGCUAUAUGCCCAGAGAGGUGCCCCCACGAUUCCGCUGCCAGCAGGACCACAAAGUGCUUCUGAAGAGGGGCCAGCCACCACUGUCCUGCAUGCUGCUGGGGGGAGGCAGCGGUAGGGGAGACACACCCCCUCUUUCACAGGGAGAUGCCCCCAAUGCAACCACAUCUGGAUCCACAGAUCCCAAUCUGGGUUCACCUUCUCCUUCACCCUCUCACUCCUCACCAUCAUCUUCAGUCGCUGCUUCUUCAACUUAUGCAAAUUCCACAUGGGGGGUGGGCUCUGGCAGUCAGCCCCCUUCUCAGGGCUGGGAGAAUGUGAUAGUGGAUGGGAGUGACCUUGAAGAGUGGCCCAGCAUCGCGGGUGGGGAUAGAGUGGGUACCGAGGGGGCAGAGCUGGAUGGCCCCAACAAUAGCAGUGCCUCACGGACUGACAAAUGCACCCAACAGCAUCUGAGGGCAGGAGCUGGGAGUUCAGACAGUCCCUCCCCACCCAACUCUUCCCCCUCGUCACUCACUGAAUGUGUCCUGUCUGGUGUCGUGUGGGGCUCUUCCAGUCAGCCUGGAAUUGGAGUGGCCGCUGCAGCAACAACAGAGGGGCUAGUGCUCAACAAUUCCAAAGUCUCCUUUCUUCCUGGGGCUCAGGAGAGCCCUCUUAGUGGAAUUCCUGGUGCCAACUUCAACCCUAAUGCCAACCCUUCAGCCUGGCCUGCCCUUGUGCAGGAUGGAACGACAGGGGUUGGUGCAGCUACCACUGAAGCUGUGCCCUCAUCCAUCACAACAUCCUUCUCUGCCAGUACCACCCAUACUCAUCCACUCUCCUCUGUGAAUCAAGCUAGCCAUCAGCACCAACUCCAUGAAAUGCCUGCCAGGGAUGGAGCACAUCUCCAUGGGGACUGGGGGGGCUUGGGGCCGGAGCUUGGAGAAGGACCAAAUCAAGGAGGCAGAGAACUUGUGGACAGUGGGGUUGUUGGAGGGAGCGGGAAUCUCUCUGCCUCGUCAUCCUCCUCCACAACCUCUUCCUCUUCAUGGAGAGCCUUGCUUCCCCCCCCUAACCUCAACACAGGUGCCUCUAAGACUGACGGGUGGGACAGAUUAGGGGGAGAUGCAGCUCAGGGGGAGGAGGCCAACGUGUGGGGCUUCGGCAGCCAAGGUGAGAAAGCUGGUUUGGCAGGAGAUGAGGCAUGGGUCAGGGGAAAUGAUGUUAGCUCAAAUACCCCAGUGGUAUCUCAGGGAGCAUGGGAUGGGGCUACAGAGGAGGGUUGGGGCGGUACACACGGGUCGACAGGUGUCAGGGGUUCCAGCAACCCAGCAAUAGGAAGUAGCGGUGGAGGCGAGAGYAGCAGCAGCAGYGGAGGUAGCGGWGGUGGUGGAGKAAGUGGAGRCCCCUCAUSCUCYAGUGGAGGAGGGUCCAGGGCUGGGAGUCACAAUCGGCACCAGGAGCAUUCCCGCCACCGCUCCAGCAACCCACCCCCCAACCCUGAAGUGGCCUUAAAGAGCAUGCUCAGCCGGUCGGACCUGGAUCCCAGGGUGCUGUCCAACACCGGAUGGGGGCAGACCCAGGUACAGCAGAAUGUGGCCUGGGACCUGGAUACAGGAGCAGCCAGUCAAAAUGAGGGAAGCAGUUCCCCUGCAUUUCCAUCUCAAGCCGUUAAUUCUACUGGUCGGCCUUCUGCUUACCCCGCAAGCAACAGCACAAUGACUACUGAUCGAUCUGCUGGGGCCCACAUGCCUACUAUGAACACUGGCCCUGUACCUUCAAAGGGUGGCUGGGAUGACGAGUCAAAUUGUGCUCCACCAUCCAACAUGCGGAAUUCUGCUGCCUCCAGGACGCCAGUGGAAGAUAUUGAUGGCAGCCGGGGAAAGACGAGUGGAGCCUGGGGCGACGUCGGUCCUUCAGAGAGCCAUGGCAAAGGCUGGGGCAGUGAGGAGCAGGAGGGGAGAGACCGCAGAGGGGGCGGAGGAAGUAACUGGAGAGAUUUCGGAGAACAGGGUGGUGGAAGAGGGAGUGGCUGGGGAGGUGGUCAGGAGGAGAAGGGGACUGCAGGGGGUUGGAAAGAGAUGGGUAGGGAGGGAGGUGGAUGGGAACAAAGAGGGGGAGGCAACUGGGCGCAGCGUGAACCCAAGACAGUCAGUGGAGGCUGGGGGGAAGGGAGGGGCAGAGGUGGAGGCAACACAGACAAGGGAUCUUGGGGUAACAUCGAUGAGGGAGGCCCACAGAGGAGUUGGGGAAGUGGAGGUGACAUGGGUGGCAAACCGCACCAGGACUGGUGCAUGAAGCCGCAUUCAGCACAGAUACCAAACAGCCAAGUGGCAACACUGAAAGCCCCAAAUCAACAGCAACACCAAUCACAGACCCAACAGCCACCAGGAGGCUUGGGCAGGUCAGGAGGUCCUCCCACGCAGAAUCAGAACCAAAGCUCGGGCUGGACUGCUGGCCCCAUCCCUCAGACCCCCGUUGGGCCUGCUGAGGCCCCUGAACCAAGCGGGUGGGAGGAGCCCUCCCCUCAGUCCAUCAGUCGCAAGAUGGAGAUUGACGAUGGCACUUCAGCCUGGGGAGAUCCCACCUGCUACAACAGCAAGAAUGUGAACCUGUGGGACAAAGAUAGUGCCCCCUCUGGUCCGCCACCACCACUUCAAGGCCAAACUCAACAGGGUCCACCUACAUCCGUACAACAGCCACCACCAAGGAGACAGCCUGCGAUCCCAGCUAACCGGGACUCUAACCCUGGCAAUGCACCUGGAAUGGGCCCAGUUAUGUGGGGAGGGGGUGGCAACCUCGUUGGACAAUCUGUGGAUAAUGGCACCGCUUCCUGGGGGCAGACUUCUGAUGCACCAUCUGGCUGGGGAGACCCAGAUAACUCAAGCAAAACUGCUGGUUGGGGAAACCCCUCAUCUAAAUCUGGUUCAAAGUCAGUGCAAGAGAGCUGGGGCAAAGGAGAGGUCCCAGUUCCAGCCUCUCGACACUCCAGUUGGGAUGAGGAGGAGGAUGUUGGUGGAGUUUGGAACAGCACAGGCUCACAGACCAGCAGCAACUACAACUCUGGUGGCUGGGUGCAAGGCCCCGGGGGAAAGAGAGGCAACAGCAAGGGUGGAGGUGGAGACAACUGGAUGAACCCAAUGACACGACAAUUCCAAAAUAUGGGACUCAUGGGCGAGGACUUGAGUCUAGAUAAAAAGUUGGAAGGAGAUAAGAGAGGGAUGAACGACUACAGCGGUGAAAUGCGGAGAGGAGGAAGAGGUGGAGGAGGCUACCGUAUGCCCAGUUCCAAAGACAUGGGGCCUGGAGACACGGGGCCUUACAGUGACAAGAUGGGUGGUCAUGGUUUAUUUGGUGGCAGCGGUGGGAUGCCUCCGUCUCGGGGAAUGCACCAGCCUGGGAUGCAUCCCAUGAACCCCUCUCAAGGGUUACGCGGACAAGUGCCUCAUCAAUUCUUGUCUGCGCAGGUGCCGGGCCCCAUGCUAAAGCAGAUACCCUCUCCUGGCAGCAGUGUCGGAGGAGUAGGUGUCGGAGGAGUAGGUGUCGGAGGAGUAGGUGUCGGAGGAGUAGGUGUCGGGGGAGGGGUGUUCCCACCUCAGCUCUCCCCACAGCAGCUUGCAGUGCUUAGUAACAUUUACCCCCAUGUGCAGCAGUUCCACCUGGCUUGUCAGCUCCUUCUGCAGCAACAGCAGCAGCAGCUCCUGCAGAACCAGAGGAAGUUGCCCCAGCCAAUACGCCAGCAGCCUGAUCCACAGCAGCUGGCUAGAAUCAUGGCUAUUCUGCAACAACAGAGACAGCAACAACAGGGAGUGGUAGGUGGAGGCAGUGGGAGCUCCAAACUGUCCCCAUCUCUUGGAGGGGCACCAAAACAGCCGAUGGCAGACUCGAUGCCCCACCCUGGUAUGGGUGGCCCCUUGUCAGAUCUUCAUGCCAAAACACAGGGGAUGUACUCUGGGCUUGCUCCCGGAGGCAACCUGUCUGGGCUGGAGCUGAGCUCCAUGGUGGGUGGGGUGAAGGAUGGAGGAGGGCAGCAGUCCCGCUUCAAAUGGAUGAUGGAGGGUCACUCUCCGGCCCCUUCUCCCCCCGAUACAGCCCAUCACAAGAAUGGUCCUUUACCCAUGGCCAUGAACGUUCGAGAGGGCUCCCCAUAUUCACAGUAUGAGUUGCUCGGGGUUGAUGAUUUGGGAAUGCCCCCUCAGGGCCCUUCUGACAACUGGCACCGUACCCCUGGAAGCAAGAUGGGCACCAUGACUGGGACAUCCAGCUGGCCCCCAGAGUUCCAGCCUGGAGUGCCCUGGAAAGGCAUCCAGAGUGCCGACCCGGAGUCUGACCCUUACAUGACCCCUGGCAGUGUUCUGGGCUCCCAUGGACCCUCCAGCCUCAGUGACUCUGACCACCAGCUACUGCGAGACAACACAGGGCCAAACCCCUCCCUCAACACCUUGCUGCCUUCACCAGGUGCCUGGCCCUACAGUGCCUCAGACAACCCCCUUGGCAAUACACACAGCACAGCAAAGUACUCGGAGUACAAACCCAGCUGGCCCCCAGAGCCCAUCGGACACAAUAAGCCGUGGAAGACCAGUCGUGUCAGUUCCCAGCUGCCACGCCCCCCUCCUGGACUGACCAGUCAGAAACAGGCCUCGACAUCCCCAUGGGGCAGCGGAGCCCCACGUUUGGCCAGGGGCUGGGGGGAGGGCGGGGGCAGUCAGGAUUCAAGAUUUGGGACAGGCUCAGCGUGGAGUGAUGGUGUGGCCUCCAGAGGCAGCUGCUGGCUACUGCUCAGCAACCUCACCCCUCAGAUCGACGGUUCCACACUACGGACUAUCUGUAUGCAGCACGGCCCCCUGCUGACCUUUCACCUCGGCCUGACCCAGGGCAGCGCCCUGAUUCGCUACAGCACACGUCAGGAAGCAGCCAAGGCUCAGGGUGCACUGCACAUGUGUGUUCUGGGAAACACCACAAUCCUGGCGGAGUUUGUGAGUGAGGAGGAAGUGGCUCGCUAUUUUGCACAUUCCCAGGUUGGAGGUGCGGAGGGGGCCAGCCCAGUGGCAGGGGCAGCCCAGGGCUCGUCAGGAACACGCACAGCGGUGGGCAACAGCAGAGGGGGCUCCCCGGGCAGUGAACAAGCAGCAAUAGGAGCAGGAAACAAUUUGGGUGGAAACAGCGGGGGAGGAGGGGUUCUGGGUAGUGUGGGGCCUUCCGGCUGGCAAAGUUUGGCUGGUACGGGCAGCUCUCCAGAGGCCACCUCAGCCCAAGGUCCUGGGCUUGGUAUUUUUGCUCAGUGGAGCGCCAACGGGGCUGGGAAAGGGGUAGGGGGUGGGGUGGGGCGGGUAGAGGCUGCGAGGUCUGGGCUCUGGGGUGGUGUGACCCCAGGUUACUCCAGCAGCAGCUUGUGGGGUGCACCUCAAAUGGAGGACAGGCACCAAAUGGGCAGCCCAGCUGCCCUGUUGCCUGGUGACCUGCUGGGAGGAGGGGCUGACUCCAAUUGACACACCUUCACAUAAGUAUAUAUUUAGACACAUGACAUACACUGGGAAACACACACAAAUACAUAUAUAAAUUACUUAAUAUAACCAUGUAAACACACAAGCAGAAAUGUGAGACAUGCUUACACACAUUCUCAUGGCCAGACUUAAGCUAUUAUAUAAACAAAUGCAGGGACUGUUAGAUGUUUAAGGCCUUUUUCCACAGAUGAAGAUUUCAACUGCUAGACUUGAACCUGAAAUUAAAGUAUGUUGGUCUGAGAGACUGGCUGGAUUGCAUUGUGCUUAGUAGGUGAUUUGAUGACGGACUUACAUACACAUGCACACACCAAAUACAAACUAGCCUUUUGGACAGAUGGGCACUGUAACAGCAUUACUCGCGUCAUAUAGGAAAACUACGUGAUGCAGGACAACCUGCAGUUUCCAUUUGUCCCUUAUGGAGACUGAAUCAAAACACGUGGAAACACACUGCUCUGAUUGAUGACAGAACUGUAUCUUAUUGUGUAUGUUAGUUUCUGUUUUGUAUGGUUGUUUUUAUUUUGAACAGUGGAAUACUGAAAUGUAAUUGUUCCUUUCAAAUGCUGACCUCCUACUGUUUUCUCUCAAUCACGUUUGUUACUGUUACUAUGAUAAUUGUUGAAACUCUGGCAGUAUGAGGCAACAUUGCAUUUCUCAGAGAGUGGGAUACUGUGUGUGGAAUACUCAGUGUGGGUAUGAGUGAGAAUGAGACCAAGUAAUAAACCCCUGUGUGUGAAUGUGAGGAUAAUGUAGUGUGCAUGUUACUGCCUGUCAUGAUUAGUGUGCGAGGCUGCUUACUGAAGGUCUAAAAAUAUGUUUUGAGUGCAUUCGGUAUACUGCUGACUGUGUUCAAGAACAUUGGCACUAAUGCUUAGUCUUUUUUUUCUCAUUUUAAGAAUAUUUUUUUUGCAGACUGUCUUUUUUAUUGUCCGAACUGCAAUAAUACAUUUUUUAAUUUUAAUUACAAAGAGCUGAAGGCAUAUGUAUUGAAAAAAGGACAUGCCAAAUCUUAUCAAACUGUGGAGUGGUGGGGGGUUGUUUACAAGACACAGAAAAGAGUUACCGUGCGUUUAUAUGUUUUGUUGUGUAUCGUUUUAAAUUAAGACAGGCUUUAACACUCCUGUUCAGUGUUUCGUUUUGAGAUUUUACAAAGAAAUUUAUUUAAACAAAAAGAGAACAAGAUUAAUAAUAAAGAUGAAAGUAUUGGCU